AUGCAAGCUCACCUUACAUCGCUCACUGCUGCUACGCUCCGUCGAGCCUUUUCCACGUCCUCAGGUCAGCAGAAGGUGGCCGUCCUCGGUGCAGCUGGUGGCAUUGGUCAACCACUGUCGCUUCUGCUGAAGGACUGCGACCACAUUAAACAUCUUAGCCUUUUUGAUGUGGUAAACACGCCCGGAGUGGCCGCUGAUAUCGGCCACGUCAACACACUCGCCAGGGUGACGGGUCAUGUUGGCAUGGAGCAGGCUGCCGAGGCUCUUGGGGGUGCUGAUGUUGUAGUCAUCCCUGCGGGCGUCCCGCGCAAGCCCGGUAUGACCCGCGACGAUCUGUUUAAUACGAAUGCUGGCAUUGUGCAGUCUCUAGCUGCUGCUGCUGCUAAACAUUGCCCCAAUGCUAUGAUGCUUAUCAUUGCUAACCCCGUCAAUUCGACGGUGCCUAUCGUGGCCGAGACGUUUAAAAAAGCAGGGGUAUACAACCCGAAGCGUCUCUUUGGUGUCACGACACUCGACGUCGUACGCGCCGCCACCUUUGUAGCCGACAAUCAGAAGUGGGAUCCGCGCGACACGCGUGUCAAGGUUAUCGGUGGUCACGCUGGUACUACGAUUCUGCCGCUGCUAUCACAACUUGAGGGCGCUAAGUUCUCGGACGAGGACAUUGCUAAACUCACACACCGUAUUCAAUUUGGUGGGGAUGAAGUUGUGCAGGCCAAAAAUGGCACAGGAUCAGCCACGCUAUCGAUGGCGUACGCUGGAGCACGCUUUACCAUCCGUCUUUUAGAUGCAAUGAACGGUUCCAAGGAUGUUGUUGAGUGCGCGUAUACACAAAAUGACGUGACUAAGCUUCCCUUCUUUUCUACGCCUGUAACGCUUGGGCCGAAUGGUGUUGAAAAGGUGCAUCACUUUGGCAAACUCUCUGCCGUGGAGCAAGCAAACUUUGACGAGAUGAUUGGAACUCUUGAGGCCCAGAUCAAGAAGGGUGUGGAGUUUGCCAAAAGCAGUUAA